AGGGCUGCUCUUGCUCUCAGGAGGGGAAGGCAGAGAUUCCUGGCAAGGACAGAGGUGGUCACACACAGUGGGCAGCACAGACUGAUGGACAGCCCCUGGAAGAGGCUCCUGAUCACAGCCUCCAUCCUCAGCUGCUGGAUCCAGGCAUCGUCUGCUCAAGGUGAUCCUGUCACUGUUGUGGCAAGUCCUCCCUAUGGGACAGUGGGCGGCAGAGUUAUCUUGGACAUCUGGGGGUUCUCAGGGGAGGCUCUCAGCUAUAAUUGGUACAGAAAGACAACAGAGAACUCCAACAGGAUCGCUGUCUACCUUGUUCCUUCGGGAGUGCAGACACCAGCAGAUAUCAGGGAGAAGGUCUUCUCCAAUGGCUCCCUGCUCAUCCCGGAUCUCACCUUCAGUGACACUGACCUCUACAUUGUAUCCAUUGUUGAUUCCAAUACUAGCCAGUCAUUAAUAGCCCAAGCAAAAUUAGCAGUGUAUGGAAAACCAGCCAAAUUUAACUUCAGGGCCAACAGUACCACCAUCUUAGAGAAUGGCACUGUGGUCUUCACAUGUAGCCCAGAAAAUGAGGGGACAAACAUUCUGUGGUUCUGCAAUAACCAGCCCCUGUCACUCAAUGAGAGAAGGAAGAUGUCUAAGAAUAACCAGACCCUCACCAUCAAGAGUGUGAAGAGGGAGGAUUCUGGGUCCUAUCAAUGUGAAGUCUCGAAGCCAAUCCGUGCCCACAGAAGUGACUCCCUCACCCUGACUGUGAACUAUGGACCAGACCACAUUGUGAUUCUUCCAAGCCCUGAGAAUGGGGUGAUUGAGAUCAGAUUCAAAGACCCACUGAUCUUAGUGUGUCAUAUUGAGUCUUACCCACCUGCUCUGUAUGAAUGGCAAGUCAAUGGCACCAUGAACUCCGACUUCUCUGGUAACACCAUUGUCAUCAAAAGUGUAUCCUGGGAAGAUUCUGGAAAGUAUACCUGUUUGGCAAAGAACAAUGUGACCAACUUAACAAUUUCUAAGGAUCUCACAAUCAGGGUGGUCGACACAUCUCCAGGAAAAGGUUAUGGCUCCUCACUCUCUGGAGGGGCCAUUGCUGUCAUUGUGAUUGGAGUCCUAGUUGGACAGGCUCUCAUCCAGACCCUCCUCUAUUUCCUGCUCUUCAGGAAGACUGGAAGGGCCAGCAAACACCACCUUUCAGAGAAGAACUAUUCAGCACACAAAUGUGGUGAGGAUGCCACCAUGUAUGAAAAUAGUGUUUACCCAAAAGGCUCAGCUCUGCCUGCACAGGGCCUGGGGUCCUCCCCUGCUUUUCCUGAAGUCCCAUGUGAGAGUACCUAUCAGGCACUGGAUAUCACCACAGCAUAUGUUUAUGAGAGGAUCAAGCCCUUGAAGAACCCUCAAGAGCCCCUGCACUUACCAUUGGGACAGCUCAGUGACGUGGGCCUGUCAGGGGGUCAGAGGGACCCUGCUGAUCUCUACCUCCUUCCUCCCCUCUCAGCCUUCACCCUCAGCUGCUGGAUCCAGGCAUUGUCUGCUCAAGGUGAUACUAUCACUGUUGUGCCAAGUCCUCCCUAUGGGACAGUGGGUGGCAGUGUUAUCUUGGACAUCUUGGGGUUCUCAAGGGAGGCCGUCAGCUAUAGGUGGUACAGAAAGACAGAAGAGAACUCCAACAGGAUCGCUACCUACACUGUCUCUUCUGGAGAGCAGACACCAGCAGAUAUCCGGGAGAAGGUGUUCUCCAAUGGCUCCCUGCUCAUUCCUGACCUCACCCUCAGUGAUACGGACCUCUACAUUGUAGCUAUUUUUAUUUCAAGCACCACCAGACUAAUAAGAGGAGCACAAUUGACAGUGUAUGACACAUCCCCAGGAAAAUGUGAUGACUCCUCACUCUCUGGAGGGGCCAUUGCUGGCAUUGUGAUUGGAGUCCUAGCUGGACAGGCUCUCAUCCAGACCCUCCUCUAUUUCCUGCUCUUCAAAAAGACUGGAAGGGCCAGCAAACACCACCUUUCUGUGGAGCACCAUUCAGCAUACAAACGUGGAGAGGAUGCCAACAUGUAUGAACAUAGUGUUUACCCAGAAAGCUCAGCUCUGCCUGCCCAGGUCAUGGGCUCCUCCCCUGCUCCUUCUGAGAGCCCCUAUCAGGAAUUGGAUAUCAACACAGCACAUGUUUAUUACAAGAUUGAUCCCUUGAAGAACCCUCAAGCGUAAGGAAGAGAAGAAAGUCCCUAGGGAUGUUGGGACAGCCUUUCUGUUUCCCUUCAUAAAGGAGGGUUCAGAGGCAUCUCUCAGGGGAGAAAGCUGAGACAUCUGGAUCAAUGCAAAGAUCCAGCUGGGGGGGGGAACAAAAAGGCUGUAUUGGGGAAGAGGGAAUACUUGCAGGGCUCCAGGGACACCCAGAUCUCUCAGACAAAAUUAAGAGGAAUGAAAGAAGCUAGAGCUCAGUGUGCCUGGGCUGCUUAGAAGCCAAAGCACCUUGUGGAAUAUUUGGGUCCAUAAUCUGUUGCUCCCCAAGUGCUUCAAUAUUUUGGAUCUUCCAUAUUUUUCUGCCUUCCUUAUCCAUGUAAAAGACCAUUUAGAAACUUCCAUGUUUAUUCCUACUGAACUAAGCUGUAGAUGACCCAUCCUAUCAGAAUGGUCCUAAGAUGUUGAGAUUCUCAGAGUCAAAAUCUUCUCUCCUGAGGUUUCAUGAAACCAGGAAUGUUUGGUUCUAGACAACAUGAUCUCAAAUAUGGACAAGAUCAUCGGGGUCCACCAGAGGCAGAAGAGGCUGAUGGCAGUGGAAACCCCAACAAUGUAUGAAGAAAACAUUCCCAGAAGGCCAAUGGUGACUACAGGGAGCAGGGCCAGUCAUGGCAGAAAGAAAGGCCAGGAAUGGGCUCUGAUGAAAGGGAACCUUGGAGUCCAGUAGUGAGCCCUCCUCAUGGAGUACUUCACUAAGGAAAGAAGGGACUUUCAGGGUCAGGAGCUGAGUGGCAGCCCUUAGCUACAGAGAUCCUCAACACAGGAACCUCACCACCAUUUUGUUUGUACCCAGUCCUUUCAGGGAAGCUUUAUUUAUCAGAGAAUUCACCUCAUAUUUUUGUUUUUAGAGGGGAUGUUUUGUACCAAUUGUUUUUACUAUUUCUUAUCAGUAAAUGCCUUUGUUAUCUUUCUGUCUGGUUACUAAGGGGGA